AUGUUAGCGGUGGGGGCAAUGGAGGGCACCCGGCAGAGCGCAUUCCUGCUCAGCAGCCCGCCCCUGGCCGCCCUGCACAGCAUGGCCGAGAUGAAGACCCCGCUGUACCCUGCCGCGUAUCCCCCGCUGCCUACCGGCCCCCCCUCUUCCUCGUCCUCAUCGUCGUCCUCCUCGUCGCCGUCCCCGCCUCUGGGCACCCACAACCCAGGCGUCCUGAAGCCCCCGGCCACGGGGGGCCUCUCAUCCCUUGGCAGCCCCCCGCAGCAGCUCUCGGCCGCCACCCCACAUGGUAUCAACGACAUCCUGAGCCGGCCCUCCAUGCCCGUGGCCUCGGGGGCCGCCCUGCCCUCCGCCUCGCCCUCAGGUUCCUCCUCCUCCUCUUCCUCGUCCGCCUCUGCCUCCUCUGCCUCUGCCGCCGCCGCAGCUGCUGCCGCGGCCGCAGCCGCCGCCUCAUCCCCGGCGGGGCUGCUGGCUGGACUGCCCCGCUUUAGCAGCCUGAGCCCGCCGCCGCCGCCGCCCGGGCUCUACUUCAGCCCCAGCGCCGCGGCGGUGGCCGCCGUGGGCCGGUACCCCAAGCCGCUGGCUGAGCUGCCCGGCCGGACGCCCAUCUUCUGGCCGGGAGUGAUGCAGAGCCCGCCCUGGAGGGACGCACGCCUGGCCUGUACCCCUCAUCAAGGAUCCAUUUUGUUGGACAAAGACGGGAAGAGAAAACACACGAGACCCACUUUUUCCGGACAGCAGAUCUUCGCCCUGGAGAAGACUUUCGAACAAACAAAAUACUUGGCGGGGCCCGAGAGGGCUCGUUUGGCCUAUUCGUUGGGGAUGACGGAGAGUCAGGUUAAGGUCUGGUUCCAGAACCGCCGGACCAAGUGGAGGAAGAAGCACGCAGCCGAGAUGGCCACGGCCAAGAAGAAGCAGGACUCGGAGACUGAGCGCCUCAAGGGGGCCUCGGAGAACGAGGAAGAGGACGACGACUACAACAAGCCUCUGGAUCCCAACUCGGACGACGAGAAAAUCACGCAGCUGCUGAAGAAGCACAAGUCCAGCAGCGGCGGCGGCGGCCUCCUACUGCACGCGUCCGAGCCGGAGAGCUCAUCCUGAACACCG